AGACCCAACAGUCCCCCAGGAAAUCAAUACUUUUAUGAGUUUGUGGCUAGAAGAGACCCAGAACGAUAUUACGACGGUGGUCGAGAAAGGCAGCAAAGUGCUGGAACUCAUUACCAAGUUAGAAAUGUACGUAUUGGAGACGCCAUUUGAAGAGCUCACUGUUCAGGAUGUCCUUCAGUACCAGGAGACCAUUGGACUUUUGCAGAACUUGCUUCGUCAUAAAUAUAACCAAGCCACAGAACAUCUACUGAAGCAAGCCAGCAAUUAUGGAGAAUCCGAAAGUGGAAAUAUGGAACUUGUCAUGAAAGAGAAGGACAUUACGCUGUGCCUUUGGGCCAAUCUCAAGAAGAACGCAAGAUUCCGGAACCAAUUAUUUUACGAUGAGAACCAGCAACCCUGCCAUGGGUUUGAACUUCCCAAGGCGCUGACCACCUGCGAUGUGGCCGUACGCAUCUUGCACACCUGUUAUGACCAUUUGUCGCCUUUGCACGAUUUCCCCAAAGAACUCCCGAAGCUGGACCUCCCAUCGGCCGAAGGGAUGACUCAGCCCAGUGCGGAGACCGAAGUCCAAAAUGAAGAGCAGGAGGCCCUGAAAGUCGUUUCUGAUAUCAAAACAGAAGCCUCAGCGAGAACCAUGACCUUCAGCGAUGUCUUCAGUUAUUCAGAAAGAAGAAGGAGCAGCAGCUCCCGGGACUCUGGAAGUAGAGAAGAUCAUUACACCAAAAGUUCCUUUUUCCUUCGGUCCACCUCCAGAGCUCAUGUUUCAGCCCUGCGGCUCUUUGAUAUCAGUGAAGUGGAUAUCCUUGAAGAUUACACGGUGGAUUUGCACCAGUUCAUGUCAGUGGGAGGCGUCUACCACUGCGAUUUGCUGAAGCUCCCACCCCAAGCCAAGCAAGUCAAAGGAUGGACCAUCGUGGAAGUCUUGGAUACAGGUUUGGAGACUUACCCCUACACUGCGACCUGUGAGGACUCCGAAGACAACUCUGGGGUGACUGUGGGAAUCACGAUCCAUCUUUCCGAUGCUGUGAUCUAUUUUGAAGAGCCACUGAUAGCAAGAUGGGAUCAUCGAGAGAAACACUGGAGAACCGAUGACAUUGGGGAGGUGGUCUACAGCAUGAAAGAGAAGGAGAUCUCCUUUAGAAUGAACGGCUUCUUUACCGUCACGUUCCUUCAGGAUGCUCACCUCAACAUGCCGUAUCAAGCCUGGGAGCUCCAGCCUAUAGGGCCCGACAAAGCUAUUUUUACUGUCCUCACCACCUUUGCUGAAGUCCAGAUCCAUAUCAAGGACAAUCAAUGCAUGAUCUACUCUGUGGCGACAGUGGAAGAUUCUGACCUGCUUAUGGGGCUGAGAGAAAAAUGGAUGACGCCCAUGGCCCUCCUGAUGGCACUGAAGAGAGCCGGCAUGAACAUCUUCCCCGCUGAAUACUCCACAAAUUAUGUCAGCGUGAACAAAAAAACGCUCUUGGCAGAAAUCAUGGUUUAUCAGCAAAUGUCUCUUGUUGCAACCUCUUUUGCCUUUGGCUGGAGCAAGUGGAACCUGAAGAGUGGAGAGAAUAAUCUGGUCUUUAAGGCCUGUGAACAUCUGACCGAAGAAGACCAGAUCCAAGAAGAAGAAUGGGCUCUUUACAUGUUCAACGGCCAAAGAGCUCAGAAGCUGGCGAUCGACGAAGACAGCGAUGCUUUCUCCAAGAACAUUGCAGAAGGCUCCGAGUUCCACUCCACUCUCUAUCAUCUCUUGAAAGAUACUGGGAGCGAAGAUGCCAUGGACCGCGUCAGACAGAGCAACUACCUCUUCAUCGAUGCCGUCUACCAACUGCUCCUUGCUACCAGGGUGCUGACAUAUUCCUGACACGCCAAAAGCCGCUUUAAGAACUUUUAUUGAGUUCAAGACACUCCAGUCAAUAAUGAGGUGGAAGAAAUUGCAUUUCGGACAUCUUUUUUAAAAAAGAAAAAUAAAUAAAUAAGCCAUUUAUGGAUAGACUACAUGCCCUGGAAAAAAAAAAUUUUUU